AUGAACACAUUUGAUAAAAGAUGCAUUUUUUUUAACAUUUACAAAACUGAGUUGUCUGUUUUUGCAAAUAAAUAUUCUACAUGGAUCUAAGCUGCUGCUAAAAGAUCAACAGGAGUUUAUCCGAGGCGUGCCCUGAGCUCACGCACCUCUGCAGAAAUAAGUUUUUGCAGUUGCAUCUUGUUUUCUGACCAAAAGAUGAACGCUGUGGUUUUUGAAGCGAUGCUUCUAUAGUCUAAUAAUUUCUCAGAACCAAAGUCUGCAGCGCACAAGUUCUGUUUUAAUCUGUCUGGGUUAAGUUGUUGUUAGGACCUCGCAAUCUGGCCUCUUCUUUUUUAACCACAUCUUUGUUCGAGAUAGGAGAAAACCAUGACCAAGUGAGCAUCUUCACUUUUAUUGCCCAUCUUUGAACGCCUUUUCUUCUCCGUCACUUCUGGCAGAUCCGUCUCCAUGGCAGUUGUCAUGACAACACAUCAACGAUCUCUGUGCAUUCCCGGUUGCCUCUCUGACGGUUGCCAGGCAACAGCCACACAAACCCAUGGAAAAUGACCCCUGUUGAUCGCCUGAGCGUGGAACUCCUGGAAGUUGCACUUGCGAACAAAAAUGUGGACAUCGUCUCUCCCUGCUUUAGAGCGCCACGAUCCAGUUGGUGUGGAAAAAAGAAACAUCUUUGUGACUCAGUCCGAGCAAACCAGGUCUCCUGGAAAAGUCCAAGAGACAGAUCUGAAAUCCUUGAAAAAUUCACAAGUUGUAAAGAAACAAGAGGAGCUGAAUGAAGUUGACGUCCAGCUGGCAGUCAAGAGACAAGAGUUCAACAACCGCUUUGAGGUCCUGGCUCAGAGACGGUCCGAGCUGGAGACCAAACAGCAGCAGGCUCGAGAGAAAACCACAAAGUUCGAAAGGUUUGUUGCUGAGAAUGAAGCGAAGCGAUGCACGGCGCUGCAGAGGUGUGAAGCGACACGAGAGCAGAACAUCCUGAAACAGAGAGAAAUAGAAGCUUUGACAGAAGAGCUGGAACACCUUAGAGCCAGAAAGCAAGUUUUAACUCAGAGGAUUGCAAACUUUAAAAUCUACGAGGAAUAUCUGAUGAAGACGCUUGAUCAUCUCCCCAGCAUUUACCACAAUAGUGGUUACGAAGCUGUGGUCGUGCCCAUCAUCCGGCGCUACGAGACCCUGUCAGCCACCCGUCAGGAGCUGCUUCAGCGUUUCAAGAAGCUGGAGAUGGAGGUUAAACAGGGCCAUCAGCAGCUGCGGACCACAAAGCAGCAGCACAGCAUUAGAAAACUGAUGGCCAGCAAGGAAGUUUCUGAUCUGCAAACUGACACAGAAACCCUCAAAGAGAAGAACAUGAAAGCAGAGCUCAAUCUGACCAUGCAGCAGGAUGCAUGCAGAGAGAUGGUUGUAGAAACACAAAGAUUAUUGAUGGCCAUCAGAAACCUGGCGCAGCAGUGUUACCUUCCAGCAUAUGGACCGCUAGAGAGCAUGAAGGAGCUCAUGAUGAUGGACAUGGUGAAGGAGUACAUCCUGGACAUGGCGGACACAGAAAAGAGAGGGAGGAGAAAGAUGGAGUCCAGCUUGGCCACCACACGCACAGCAGCUUUGAUAAACCAAAGAGGGAAGGGUUCGUUCAAGAGCAUUAGAAAUAAAACACUGCUUAAAAGUUCAAGUAGAAAAAGUGAGACAUCUGAUUAACGGUGUGUGUGUUGGUCCUAUUUACCUUGUUGAGUCAGGAUUUAUUGUUUACUGCUGUGAAUGAUUUUCACACUUUACGGAUUUAAAUCAACUACGCACCAUUAUUGCAGAACAAAUAGUCAUGAAAGACAAAGAAGAGAUGAUGCAGCGUGUGUGUUUCUCAGAGCAGCAGAACUCUGAAGCUAUUCUUGGAAUGUUUUCGUCUCAUUCUAAAAAGGCACUGAAAUCAUGCAGUUAAACAGGAAGUUAAAUUCCACAAAGGUUUGUGCAUGUGUGCAUCUUCCUUAUAAUACAAAUGAUUAACAGAAGAAGUAAAAUUAUGUCAAAUAAAAUGCAGUGUUUAUAUACUUGUCACAGAGUGGUAAUGUUGCACUUGUAUUUUAUAUUGCAUGUUUUACUUGUUUUUAUUCUGAUGUGCAUGUUUUUAUUGAUGGUGUGUUUUUAGUUUGGUGCAACAUUGUGUGUUCAUUCUGUGUAAUCACUCUAAUCAUCUACACCUGUGGCAGAGUGUUGCCUGGACUGCCAAUUAAUGAACAGACGCAGGCAGGACAGGCUUUAUUUAAAGGGGGGAACGCGUGGACCAGACGGGACAAUAAUGUCUACAUCAGACUUCUCCAGCAGCGCUUUGUACUUGAGUUCGGCAUGCAGUCAACUCUUCCUCGCCUCCAAGUUCUUCGUCACCUCCAGAAACUAGUGAUGAUGAUGUGAAGCAUUUUGAACCAACAAAGCUUUACAAUCCAAUUGUAUUGAAAAAAGGUUCAUGGGUCGAUGCUUCAAAACUCUGUGAGGACAUCUGCUGGUAAAUAUUUGUACUUCAUUGUAUUGUCAGCCAAUUCUACUGAAAAUGAAUGGUGUAUUGAACUUUAUGGACAAAUAAAGCAUUAAAAAGCUUCCUCAGGAUCAUAUAAUAAAAGUAUCUUGAAUUUGAACAUUACAUUAAAUAUAAUAAAAUUGCUUUUCUUGGUGUGAA